AUGUGCGACGACCCGGUGUGGGGCGAGAACGACCCGUUCGGGGCCCCGUCCGUGAUCCUGCACACCACGCACGGCGACGUCGCGCUGGAGCUGUACUAUAAGCACGCGCCCAAGACGUGUGAGAAUUUUUUCGAGCUCGCGCGCCGAGGGUACUACGACGGCACGGUGUUCCAUCGCGUGAUCGCGGAUUUCAUGGUGCAGGGAGGGGAUCCCACGGGGACGGGACGGGGGGGAGAGAGCGUGUUCGGGGGGAAAUUUGAGGAUGAAAUCAGUAAGGGGCUGAAGCACGUCGGCGCGGGGAUCCUGAGCAUGGCGAACAGCGGACCGAACACGAAUAAGAGUCAGUUCUUCAUCACGCUCGCGGCGACGCCGUGGUUGGAUGGGAAGCACGCGAUUUUUGGUCGGGUGGAGAGCGGGAUGCACGCGGUGCGGGCGAUGGGGGCGGUCAAGGUGGACAAGAACGACAGGCCGCUCAAGGAGAUCAAGAUUAUUAAUUGCACGUGCGACGAUAGAGGUUUUAAGUGGUACUAG